AUGGGUACGUCAUGCAAGGGAGAACGAAAUGAAGGCAGGGAGGAGGCCCUCCUCAGGCUCCUUGCUGAGGACUGGAAACUUAGAAAAAGGGAUUAUGUUACAGGGGUUUUAUUAGCGGUGUGCCAUGCCUUGGAGAAUACAACAUCGGCCUUAAGCGGUCCCCCAGUGGCAGCAGCUGUGAGGUCCCACUUUAACAGUUGUCCAGAUGCCCACAGUCACUUCUGUUUCCACGGGACAUGCCGGUUCGUGGUCCAAGAGGAAAAACCGGCAUGCGUUUGUCACUCUGGGUUUGUCGGGACCAGAUGCGAACACGCCGAUCUCCUUGCGGUCGUAGCGGCCAACCAAAAGAAGCAAACCAUCACCGCCUUGGUGGUGGUUUCUGUGAUCGCCUCGGUUGUCCUCAUCGGGGUGUGCGUCUUAAUACACUGCUGCAGGGUAAGGAAGCACUGUGGUUGGUGCAGGACCGUCGUCUGCAGGCAUGAGAAGCCCAGCGGCCUCCUGAAAGGUGGAUCCUCUUGCUGCCACUCAGAAACAGUGGUCUGACAAAAGACGGGGCCUCUCGCAAGACUUUUCCAGCUGCACUUAACUGGGACCACGGCAGCAUCCCAGAGGAAGCCUACAGUUUUCCAGGGAAAGACUUGACAUUGGGCAAGAACAUCUUCCAGGGCAAAGCAGUCUCUACAAGACAAUUCCAUGCAACUUUGGGCGUCCGCCUGCACCCUCCGUCCGUACGCCGGGGUUCUGGAACCUUCGCCAAAGGGAAGGGAGACGCACACCUGCGAUCGGACACAUCUGGAUCUGGACAGGAUGACAACCAUGGACUCUCGGAGACUU